AUGGAGCGCCAGGACCAUCGCUCAAAUAAAUACAUACUGGAGCGGGAAUUCAAUCUCAGUCGCCAUGGAAACGUACCCAUUCAAGUCGAUUCCGGCCAUCAAAUGUUUCGCAUACAGUGCCGUAAUGCUGAGAAUUUCAUUAAAUACAAUGAUGUCAUAUUCUUCAUGCCACCGCCGUUCGAAGGUCAAAAGAAAACUCCGUCAUACGAGCAGCGACCCGAACGCUUAUCUGUCAUGAUAUUGGGCAUCGAUUCAAUGUCACAAAUGCAUUUCCAGCGGAGUUUCCCACAACUGACGAGCUUCCUGGACUAUGUGCCGCAUACGUUUUUUCUCGGUUACAGUCGCGUGGGGAUGGAUGCGUAUGAUAAUUUGCUUCCUCUGUUGAGUGGCCUGCGCCCCGAUGAGCUGGAGAGACGUUGUCUUUCGGUGAAUAAAUCGACCUACGAUAAUUGCGGUCUACUUUGGGAUACAUUCAAGGCUGCUGGCUAUUCCACGAGCUAUGGCGAGGAUACUGCGCAAGGGAUAUUCAUGGAUGGCAAAGCGGGUUUCCACAAACAACCCACGGACUUUUAUCUGCAUCCUGUCAUGCUCGAAAUGGACAAACACACGCGCUACAGCCUCGAUGCGAACGAGCUGAUCAACUGCUCGGGCGGGCGACAGUUUUUCGAUGUUUUGAACUAUUUCAUCGAUAAAUUAUCGUUUUAUAUGAAAAGUGCACAAUUUUUCUCAGUUUUUUGGCAUUCGCAAGGUGUAAAGGACUACUAUCAUUAUGCCAGGCGUCUAGAUGUGGACUACGUGAAGCGUUUGAAGCGUCUCCUGGAGAUGGAUGUACUAGACAAUACGCUGGUCCUACUGAUGUCUGACUAUGGGCUGCGUUCUGAUACAUAUCGAUUGACGUUCAAUGGCAUGCGAGAGGAGUCGCAGCCAUUUCUGUUGGCCAUUUAUCCCGAUUGGCUGCAGGCCAAAUAUCCUUUUGCCAUGGAUAACCUUAAGCGGAAUGCGCACAAUCUAGUGACGGCUUUUGAUUUGCAUGCCACGCUCAAUGAUGUGAUGGAUUUGAAUCUGCUGAAGGACUACCAUGUGGAGAAUCGAACAGAAAUACUUCUUGGUCAUCCCCCCAAGAAGAUGCCCCGUGGCGUGAGUCUCUUUCUGCCGCUGCCCCUGAAACGAAACUGCGAUUCGGCUGGCAUACCAUCGCACUACUGCCCCUGCAACGACCUCACGGAAAUCCCCACCGAUGAUGGCAUUGUGUUGCGUACUGCUCGCUUUUUGAUUUCUUCCAUCAAUCGACUUAUCGCGCCCUACGACAAGUGCCAACAGUUGCGGCUCUACAAGGUGAUGCUUGCAUAUUUCGUGGAUCUAGGCGAGAGUUCCUUCGUCUAUGAGCUGCGGCUACGAGUGCGCACCAUCCCAGGGGAUGGACUCUUCGAGGGCACGGCACGUCUCACGGAUACGUUCCAUUUGACAGGUCCCAUCACCCGUGUGAAUGAGUAUCGCAGUCAGUCCUACUGCGUCAACGAGACGAACAUCAACAUGUAUUGCUAUUGUCCAAAUUAACUAACUUUUUGGAGUCAAUAAAAAGAUGAAUCGU